UAGUGGUCGGUUUAUCACUUUAUUUAAUGUCAUUACUCAUUAACUCACUUCUUUCUCUUUGCAUCAUUUUAAUACAUAUUUAAGGCUUAAGCACAUUUUUUUAAAAACACUUUAAAUUUAUUAAGUAUAAAAACACAUAUUUACAAAAAUUACACAAUGUUGAUCAAAGUCAAAACUCUAACAGGAAAAGAGAUCGAAAUCGAUAUAGAACCUACAGAUAGAGUUGAAAGAAUUAAAGAAAGAGUUGAAGAAAAAGAGGGUAUUCCACCUCAGCAACAGAGAUUGAUUUUUUCGGGAAAACAAAUGAACGAUGAAAAAACUGCUCAAGAUUACAAAGUUCAAGGAGGAUCUGUAUUACAUUUGGUAUUAGCAUUAAGAGGAGGUAUUUUCCAAUCCGUUUAAUAAUGUGUAAAAACAAUUAUUACUCUGAUUUCAAACUUUUUUUUUUCAACUAUUUUAUUUAUUUCCAUUCAUAUGUAACUAAAUUCAACAAUAAUAAAUAAAUAAAAUAUUUACUAUAAUCAACUAGCAAAAA